AUGUCAAAAAUUAAUGAGGAAUUUGCUGGUCUGGAAGAAGAUAAUGUUGUGAGGGCAGAAGAUAAUGUUGUGAUGGCAGAAGAUAAUGUUGUGAGGGCAGAAGAUAAUGUUUUGAUGGAUGAUGACAAUGUUGUGAGGGAUGAAGAGACUAUUGUGAGUGAAGACUGCACUGCUGUGAGGGAUGGAGAGAAUAUUGUGAGGGAAGAUUGCACUACUGUGAGGGAAGAUUGCACUACUGUGAGGGAUGAAGAGACUAUUGUGAGGGAAGAGGUACAUACUGUGAGGGAAGAUUGCACUACUGUGAGGGAAGAUUGCACUACUGUGAGGGAUGAAGAGACUAUUGUGAGGGAAGAGGUACAUACUGUGAGGGAUGAGGACAAUGUGGGUGAGGUGAAUGAUGGGUCUACUACUGAUAGUGGAGAUGAUAGUGCUGAUGAAAAUUAUGAGAGUGCUAUGGAAGUGGGAUUUGAUGAUUCAUCUGAUGGCUUUGAAGAAUUAGAGGAAGAAGAUUUGGAUGAUCUUCUUGAAGAUCUAGAGGGGGGACAAAGCAAACAACAGUUGGAUAAAGAUGGUUUGGAAGAGGAAAUAGCAAAUGAUAGUGAGGAACUUGAAAGUGGCUGUGAUAGUGAAGAAGGUGAUGUUAAACAUAAGAGUUACCCAAUGUUUAAUGUGAAGAAGGACAUGGCAGAUUAUAAGUGGGAAGUAGGAGUGUACUUUAGGUCAAAGGAUGACUUCAAGGAAGCUAUAACAUCAUAUGCUGUGCAAAGUGGAAGAAAUAUGAGGUUUACAAAGAAUGACAAAGUGAGGGUGAGGGUUAAAUGCAAGGAUGGGUGUCAAUGGGAAGCAUAUUGUGCUAAAUUGCCAAAUGAAGAAACAUGGCAACUAAGGAAAUUGGUUGAAAAGCAUGAGUGCAGUAGAGAGUAUAAUGUGAAAAUGUUGACCACUAAAUGGCUGAGCAAGAGAAUUCAAAACUCUCUGAAAACCAAUCCAAGGAUGAAGAUUAAGGACAUAAAGGCAAAGACUCAAAGGAAGUGGAAUGUGGGUGUUAACAAGACUAAGGCUAUAAGGGCAAGAUUUAAGGCUAGAGACAUGGUGGAUGGAUAUUUCUUAGGGGAUUAUACAAGGAUUUAUGAUUAUUGCCAUGAGUUGCUAAGAGCUAACCCAGGGUCUACUAUCAAGAUUAAUGUUGAUCCAGUCCCAGAUGGUAGUGAGGACCAAAGACCAUAUUUCAAAAGGUUGUAUGUUUGCUUUGCAGCAUGUAAGGAAAGCUUUAAGUUAUCUAGGCACAUCAUUGGUCUAGAUGGUUGCUUCUUAAAGGGGUUGUGUGGUGGACAAAUUCUGGCUGCAAUAGGGAGAGAUCCAAAUGACCAGAUGCUUCCAGUUGCAUUUGCAGUUGUGGAAGGAGAAAACAGGGAUAGCUGGACCUGGUUUUUGCAGUUGCUGAUUGAUGACCUAGGUGGUCAAGAAGAGUGUUUGACAUACACAUUCAUCUCAGACCAGCAAAAGGUCAUAGUUUAUUUUGUUUGUGCAUAA